UAUUUGAACGAACACCGGCUAUCGUCCAUUUUGUUUCAUGACUUGCUGAAACAGUGUUGAAAAUGCCAGACCAUUUAGGUUCAGACCAAAGAAAAAUAAAGGACAAUAAGGAAGAGGACGAUAAACCAAUCCAGGCUUUGGAUGAAGGUGAUAUAGCCCUCCUAAAGACUUAUGGUGUGGGACAGUACAGUAAAACUAUAAAAGCAUGCGAGGAAGACAUUCAGAACAUCAUGAAGAGGGUCAACGAGCUCGCAGGCAUCAAAGAGUCGGACACAGGAUUGGCCCCUCCAGCACUGUGGGAUCUGGCGGCUGACAAACAGACGUUACAGAGUGAACAGCCUUUGCAGGUGGCUCGGUGUACCAAAAUCAUCAAUGCAGACUCUGACGACCCAAAAUACAUCAUUAAUGUCAAACAGUUCGCCAAAUUUGUCGUCGAUUUAGGUGACCAGGUGGCACCUACAGAUAUUGAGGAGGGCAUGAGGGUUGGUGUUGACAGAAAUAAGUACCAGAUACACAUACCACUACCCCCAAAGAUCGACCCUUCGGUGACCAUGAUGCAGGUUGAGGAGAAACCAGACGUAACAUACAGUGAUGUUGGUGGAUGUAAGGAACAAAUCGAUAAACUGCGAGAGGUCGUGGAAACUCCCCUUCUACAUCCUGAAAAGUUUGUGAACCUUGGUAUUGAGCCCCCAAAGGGAGUGUUGCUGUUUGGACCCCCGGGGACAGGGAAGACCCUUUGUGCCCGAGCGGUGGCUAACAGAACAGAUGCCUGCUUUAUCAGAGUCAUAGGGUCAGAGCUGGUCCAGAAAUAUGUAGGAGAAGGGGCAAGAAUGGUCCGGGAAUUAUUUGAGAUGGCCAGAUCUAAGAAAGCCUGUAUCAUCUUUUUUGAUGAAAUUGACGCCAUUGGAGGGGCGCGGUUUGACGACGGAGCUGGUGGAGACAACGAGGUACAAAGGACCAUGUUGGAGCUGAUCAACCAGCUAGAUGGGUUCGAUCCACGUGGCAACAUCAAAGUUCUUAUGGCCACUAACAGACCCGAUACACUCGACCCUGCCCUCAUGAGGCCCGGCCGUCUUGACCGUAAAAUAGAGUUUGGUCUUCCAGAUCUUGAGGGAAGAUCCCACAUCUUUAAAAUCCAUGCCAGAUCUAUGAGUGUAGAAAAAGAUAUACGAUAUGAGCUUCUAGCGAGACUGUGUCCUAACAGUACAGGAGCUGAGAUUCGCAGUGUUUGUACAGAAGCUGGUAUGUUUGCCAUCAGAGCACGAAGAAAGAUGGCGACGGAAAAAGAUUUCUUGGAAGCUGUUAACAAAGUCAUCAAAGCAUAUGCUAAGUUCAGUGCCACACCAAGGUAUAUGACAUACAACUAGUCGGAGCUGUAUAAAACACCUGGACGGGUUCAUCAUGGAGAAGACAAUUUCUCAAAAAGUGUUUGAUUCAUGUUGGAAUCUCCUCAAAAUUCUAUCAGAUCAUCAGAAAAAAGCCUUGAAUGACAGUGUCAUCAUUGUCAUUGCUAAGUGCUAGAACUUUUGUUGUAUCAGACUGUCUUUGAAGAAAUUGAAUUCAAAGUUGUCAUAUUGAGAUAUGGACUCAGUAUAUCUGUAGAAGAGUCUCACUAUCAGGUCACUCUAAUGUUGACCACGAAUCAUGGCAUUAUACCAUAUGGAUAGAGAAUACCGCUGUGGUUGCUAUAUCCUAUGGUCCAGUCUGUUCAUACAGAGUUAAGAUGCUUUAUAAAUAGUAAGCCAGUUAAAAAAUAUAUAUUGAUUUACAUUGAUAUACUUCACCCUGGAGAUUGAUCAAGUUGCAUAAGAAAGAUGGGUGACAAUUUGUUAGCCAUUGUCUGUAUAGUUGAAUUCUAUGAAAGAUACAGACUUAGUGUGUUUAUGUGAGGCAGAAACAAAUUUGUUCACAAAUUUUGUGAUUUCAUCGAAUGAAUAAGUUAUGACAUAUGUGUGAAAGAAAUAUUCUGUAUGUUCAACUACACGUAAUAAAAAAAAAUAAAAAAAAAUCAUA